GGUCACCAGUAACAUGGCGGGAAAAUCGAGAACCCUACAGGAGACCCUGUCCUUAGCGGAGCAGGCCAAACUGGACCUGACUGACCUGAACAGCAGUGUCCAGUCCCUGUACCUGAGUCCGGACAUGGCUGACCACGAGGUCAGACUCCUGGAGCUGGACAGCAGCAUGGUCAAGCAUCUGGAGGCUGGCAACAGUCUGAUGGUGCGAGGGGACAAGUCUGACAUGGCGGUGGUGUGUACAGAGGACAGCACGUUUGAACUGAAGUCUACACAGACCACCAACAGUCUGUUGUUACUGCCUGACUGCAGGGCACCGGAACAACUUGUGGGUGGGGACGGCUGUCUACUACAUAAGGAGGUCUACUGCAUCUCACACGUGUACCUGGAGCUGAAGAAGUGCAGGCCCAAGUUAAAGAAGUUACAGACGCUGCUGCAAGAAAAUGUCUUCACAGGACCAGAGUAUGAAUCAGACGAAAAGCACACAGGAAGAAAGUACACCACUACAGACCUCCACAGUCUCAUCCAGGCUAGUGAGAAAGAGUUGUUGGAAGAACUAAGGAAACUGCAGGCUGUUCACAUCGAUGGUUACUGGAGACUAGUUGACUUUGACUACAUGGGAAACGUGCUGCAGUAUAUCAUAGACACGGUGGACUGUCAGUCCUGGCCCUACGACCAGAUCCCUACAGACAAGCUGCUUGGGAUGGAAGACAACGUUUAUCCAAGAGUUCUACUUGAGCACUGUCUGGACUGCUAUGGAGACAGGAAAAUGAUGGAAUUUCAUGGAGGUGCAGAGCAGGUCCACGUGCUGAGUGAGGACAGGGUGUGUGGUUACUUUGCGGAGUACCUGCUGAAGGGGGUGGGGAAGUUCAACCUGGCCGAGUUCCUACAGACAUGGAAGGAGAGUGUUCCUGUCGGCAUGACAACCAACCUCCAACAGUUAGAGGGAGUAGCGCUGAUUGACAAGAAGAGCCAUCCACAGGUGAUCUCCCACUUCCCAGUGACAGACUUGCCAGAGGAUGCUUCAGACAGGUUCAACAGGUUGUUCCGCACUCGAGAGAAGUGGACUUUAGAAGACAUCUCCCCAUACAUAAGGGAUCUGUGUGAGCAAAAACAGACGGUCGGAUCCCUUCUGACUAAAUUUGCCCGAGCUUCAACACUACCAGAUGGGACCAAAGUGUACAACUCCAGAGUACCUGUCAAGUAGUUACUGUAAGGCUCCUUACAUAUAGAUGUUUGUCCAUGUGUCCACAACACACCUGUUUUGAACGUCAAGUACAAGCUGUAUAAGACCAAAUUGAUAGGUUUGAUCCACUCAUAUUGGGAAGAAGCCCUACUCUUAUUAUUUUUAAUAAGUGUGUUGGGUUCUUUAACAUGCUCCGUGUGUGGCUCUUCUGGAGUGUGGAAAUUGAUGUAUGCUUAUAACAUAGUACACAUGCUUUUCCCAAGGGCACAUUUGCUGUAAAAUGUAAUUUUUCAUUGUAAAAUGAAACAUUACAAACAAGACAAGAAGACCACUCUUUGGUCCAUGACUUGAUCCCUCUAUAAACCUACAGGUAUACCCUCUGUUGCAGACCCCACUGAGUUUAUUUUCCAACAAUGCCUACCGGGUAGUUAAGUUUUCUAACUGCUUGAGGAGACCGACAGUUAUCCAGGCAGAACAUCAUAACCGGGUACACAAUCAUUGUACAUAAUCAGAAUACUGUACAUAGUUAAAGGGAAACUACUCUGGGUACAAAGGAGGCCACUAUAAACCCUCAAGAGGGUUCAUCUAUACUGAUCACUGAUGCCAUAUGCACCGGGAUUUGUCCAUUGUAAAAGUUAAUGGAGGUAUGCAUGCCACAGUUAAUCGGGUUGGGGCCCUUCAUUAUAGAAAUCCCUAUUACCGAUAUACUCUGUCUGCCACCUCAAUGGGCUGCUUAACCAAAUAUCCAAUAGGCCGCUGGGUUGUUGAUGAUGAUUGACAGAUGGUCAGAGGGCAGGGACAUGCAGCAUCACUGUGUGACCUCAACCCACGCAGGGUCAGCCUUCAAGACAGGUAGCUAAUUAUGCACUGGCACAGUUACCUAACUAGGAAUGCUUUAUAAAGGUUAAGGACAUCAGAGUGUAUUAGGCAUGCAUUUUGUACAAAGUGUAAGAUUGUGAAUGCUCACAAC